AUGGCUGCGACGCAGGCAGAGUCUCAGCGUAGCGAAGUGAACGUAGAUCAGAGUCCAUCGGAGCAGCUCAGUGACUCUCGGAGCGCUCUGUUACAAAACGGCACUGACAAGAGCGUAGGGCGCGUUCCGCCCGAUGGCGUUGUGAACACAAAGAGUAAGUCGCCGAUGUCGGUCGAUCCGGGGCAGCCACGCGACGGUGGUGAGGCACCGGGCCACGAUCGGGGCGGUGAGAGGCCCGUGACUGACCAGUACGGGCAAUAUCGAUAUCCGGAAGGCGCAGAUCCGUAUUAUGCCGCGCGGCCAGGCUUUCCUGGUAAACCGCGGCCGCCGCCGCAACAGAGAUUCUUCCCGGGCCAGCCCGCAGCCCAGGCACCAGGCCCCACGCCGACGCUUAAUUCAUUGCUGCAAUCGAGCGGUGCGCCGCCACACCGUUACCCUAAUAGCUAUGAACAGCCCCCUGCGGGAUAUGGGCCCGCGCCUGGUUGGCCUCCACCGAGACCAAUGCCUCCAUAUAACCCUCAAGGAGGACCCUACAGAAAUUCUACACCGCCGCGUGGCUACGGCGGUCCACCUUACGGCGGCGGUCCGGCGGGCGCGGCCCAGCAGCCCGCCGCCGGCUACGGUCCGCCGGGCGCAUACCCGCAGCGGUACCCGCCGCCGCCAAACUCGCGGCCGCCCUUCUCGCCACAUCAGGGCUACGAGCGCGGCGGUUCGCCGCAGCCGCCUUCUCACCCGGCCGGCGCGCCGAGUCCGGGCGCUCCGCCCUCCGCCGGGCCCCUGUCGCCAACGCACGACGCCCAGCAUCCGCCGCACCUGCCGCCCGCCUCGCAACCCCCGCACCAGGGCUACCCGCCACCGCCGAGGCCACCUCAACCGUCCACCCCCAACGCGCACGAUCCAGAUUCGGUGAGUGCUGAUAUUAUUGUCUCGCUCGACUCCACAGUAACCACAGGGAGAGCAGCCAGCACCAACCGAUGUGUGACUUUUGAACGGAUUGCUUUGGAAAGUUUCAUGUUUCCCAUCGUGUUAUAU